UUAUUUUUCCAUCAUCAUUCUCUCUUCAUUGUAAACUCUCUCUAUCAGCAAGGAUCUUGGUUCCACACCAUCUAGACUAUUUUUUAGUGUUAACAUUUGGCGCCCACUGUGGGGCCGAGUUCUUAUUCCCCAGGAAUACCACAUGGCGAACUUGGGAAACUCAUUAAAACCUCCUAACAACAUUCAAAAUUUUGGAAAUAACAAAGGAAUGAGCACCUUCUCUUCAUCAAGAACAAAUUCCAAUGACAAUAUUGGUAGAUUUAAACCAGAAGCUCUAUCAAUAGCAUCACAGGUGCAAAGGCUUGCGCAGGAUAUAGAGGAAACAAGGCAAAGCUUGAAGGCAGUUGAAAAGGCCAUAAUGUCCUUCACCAACACAGUAAAUACUCUGACACAAAAUUUGAGGAGACAGAGGAGAGAAUGCAGAGGAUUUUGUCAUCCAAAAACAUAAGGGCAAAGGAUUCAGUGCAUGGAAAGAGUAAUUAUGAUGAUGGACGCUACUCACCUUCAAGACCAACAGAGCCGACUACUAAUUCAUAUCUAUAGCCAUCCUCUACUUUCACUAAGUACAAAAUCCAGGAAAGAGACAUGCGGACAAACACACAACAAACAGAAGAAAAGGUGCACCACAAA